AUGCCAUUUUUGGCCUUCUCCUCCCUCCUCCUCGAAAUCCACGCCCCCAAUCAUCAGUCGGCCGCCUCCCACCUUCUCUCCUUGAAAUCCGCGCCCAACCAGCACCCCACCGCCACUUGUCGCGCCCCCAUCGGCCAGCCCUGCCGCCGGCGACGCGCGCAGCCAACCAGGCCCCGCCAGCCCGCACGCUUCCCAGCCGCGCCCGAGCGCCGCCCCGAGCAGUCCCUCACCGUCGCUUUUGCUCUGUCGCGCCUGGCUCCCGCGCCCGCCGCCCGUUCGCCGACCCCCGCCGUCGAGCGCUUCCGCCCGUGCCCAGCCGCCUCCGCCCGCCGCCGCCCCGUCCUCCCUCGCCGGACCCCGCCGCCCAGCAUCUCCGGCGCCGUCCCCGCUCCUCCCCGACGUCCCCGCGCCUCGUCGCCGGCGCCGCCCUCCUCGCCGGAGUUCGCCGGCCGGAUCCGGUGGAUUGGGACGAGAUCCACCGGGAUCUCACCCAAACGCCGCGCCUCCUCCUAG